GCAAAGGAAUCUCAGUGGCUGAGUUUUAUGACGGGCCCGGUGCUGAAGGGCAGGGAACAACUGAUGGUGCUACUUUGAAUUGCUUUUCUUUUCUCCUUUUUGCACAAAGAGUCUCAUGUCUGAUAUUUAGACAUGAUGAGCUUUGUGCAAAAGGGGACCUGGUUACUUCUUGCUUUGCUUUAUCCCACUGUUACUUUGGCACAAGAUCAGCAGCAAGUUAUUGAGAAUGGAUGCACCCAUCUUGGUCAAUCCUAUGCGGAGAAAGAUGUCUGGAAGCCGGAACCAUGCCAAAUAUGUGUCUGUGAUUUAGGAUCUGUACUCUGUGAUGACAUAAUAUGUGACGAUCAAGAACUAGAUUGCCCCAACCCAGAAAUCCCAUUUGGAGAAUGUUGCGCUGUUUGCCCACAACCUCCGACAGCUCCCACUUACCCACCUGAUGGUUAUGGACCUCAAGGCCCCAAAGGAGAUCCAGGCCCUCCUGGUAUUCCUGGGAGAAAUGGUGACCCUGGUAUUCCAGGACAACCAGGUUCCCCUGGUUCUCCUGGCCCCCCUGGAAUCUGUGAAUCAUGCUCUGGUAAUCAGAACUAUUCUCCCCAGUUUGAUUCAUAUGAUGUCAAGUCUGGAGUAGGAGGAGCAAUCGGUGGCUAUCCUGGGCCGGCUGGUCCUCCAGGCCCUCCUGGUCCCCCUGGCACAUCUGGUCAUCCUGGCUCUCCUGGUUCUCCAGGAUACCAAGGUCCCCCUGGUGAACCUGGACAAGCUGGUCCCGCAGGUCCUCCAGGACCUCCUGGUGCUAUUGGUCCAUCUGGUCCUGCUGGAAAAGAUGGAGAGUCAGGAAGACCUGGACGACCUGGAGAGAGAGGAUUGCCUGGACCCCCAGGUCUCAAAGGUCCAGCUGGCAUACCCGGAUUCCCUGGUAUGAAAGGACACAGAGGCUUCGAUGGACGAAAUGGAGAAAAAGGUGAUACAGGCGCUCCUGGAUUAAAGGGUGAAAAUGGUCUUCCAGGUGAAAAUGGAGCUCCUGGACCCAUGGGUCCAAGAGGUGCUCCUGGCGAGAGAGGACGCCCAGGGCUUCCUGGAGCUGCCGGGGCUCGAGGUAAUGAUGGAGCUCGAGGUAGCGACGGUCAACCAGGUCCCCCUGGUCCUCCUGGAACUGUAGGAUUCCCUGGAUCCCCUGGUGCUAAGGGUGAAGUUGGACCUGCAGGGUCUCCUGGAUCAAAUGGCUCCCCUGGAGCAAGAGGAGAACCUGGACCUCAGGGACAUGCUGGUGCUCAAGGUCCUCCUGGCCCUCCUGGGAUUAACGGUAGUCCUGGUGGUAAAGGUGAAAUGGGUCCCGCUGGCAUUCCCGGAGCUCCUGGACUGAUGGGUGCCCGGGGUCCUCCUGGACCACCCGGUGCUAAUGGCUCUCCUGGACAGCGAGGUGGUGCAGGUGAACCUGGUAAGAAUGGUGCUAAAGGAGAGCCAGGACCACGUGGUGAACGUGGGGAAGCAGGUUCUCCGGGUAUUCCAGGCGCUAAGGGUGAAGAUGGCAAAGAUGGAUCACCAGGAGAACCCGGUGCAAAUGGACUUCCAGGAGCUGCAGGAGAAAGGGGUGCCCCUGGAUUCCGAGGACCUGCGGGACCAAAUGGCAAAAGGUAAUUUACUUUAGGUCCUCCUGGGGACCGUGGUGGUCCAGGCCCUGCAGGGCCCAGAGGAGCAGCUGGAGAACCUGGUCGAGAUGGUGUCCCUGGAGGUCCAGGAUUGAGGGGUAUGCCUGGAAGUCCAGGAGGACCAGGAAGUGAUGGAAAACCAGGGCCUCCAGGAAGUCAAGGAGAAAGUGGUCGACCAGGUCCUCCAGGGCCAUCUGGUCCCCGAGGUCAGCCUGGUGUCAUGGGUUUCCCUGGACCCAAAGGAAAUGAUGGUGCCCCUGGCAAGAAUGGAGAACGAGGUGGCCCUGGGGGACCUGGCCUUCCAGGUCCUCCUGGAAAGAAUGGUGAAACUGGACCUCAAGGUCCCCCAGGACCUACUGGGCCAGGUGGUGACAAAGGAGACACAGGACCCCCUGGUCCACAGGGAUUACAAGGCUUGCCUGGUCCUGGUGGUCCUCCAGGAGAAAAUGGAAAACCUGGUGAAGCAGGUCCAAAAGGUGAAGCAGGUGCACCUGGAACUCCAGGCGGCAAGGGUGAUGCUGGUGCACCUGGUGAACGUGGACCUCAGGGAUUGGCAGGGGCACCAGGACUUCGAGGUUUAAAUGGUCCCCCAGGUCCCGAAGGAGGAAAGGGCCCUGCUGGUCCUCCUGGGCCACCUGGGCUUUCUGGAUCUCCUGGUCUACAAGGGAUGCCUGGAGAGAGAGGAGGUCCUGGAGCUCCUGGUCCAAAAGGUGAAAAGGGAGAACCAGGUGGAGCAGGUGCUGAUGGAGCUCCAGGGAAAGAUGGUCCAAGAGGUCCUACUGGUCCCAUUGGUCCUCCCGGCCCAGCUGGCCAACCUGGAGAUAAGGGUGAAGGUGGUGCCCCUGGACUUCCAGGUAUAGCUGGACCGCGUGGUGGCCCUGGUGAGAGAGGCGAACAUGGGCCUCCAGGACCUGCCGGUUUCCCUGGUGCUCCUGGACAGAAUGGCGAGCCUGGUGCCAAAGGAGAAAGAGGCGCUCCAGGUGAGAAGGGUGAAGGAGGCCCUCCUGGAGUUGCAGGACCCCCUGGAGGUUCUGGACCUGCUGGUCCUCCUGGUCCUCAAGGUGUCAAAGGUGACCGUGGCAGUCCUGGUGGUCCUGGUGCUGCUGGCUUUCCUGGUGCUCGUGGUCUUCCUGGUCCUCCUGGUAAUAAUGGUAACCCAGGACCCCCAGGCCCUGGUGGUGCUCCAGGCAAAGAUGGACCUCCAGGUCCUGCAGGAAGCAAUGGUGCUCCUGGAAGCCCAGGAAUAUCUGGACCAAAAGGUGAUGCUGGCCAACCAGGAGAGAAGGGAUCACCUGGUGCUCAAGGCCCUCCAGGAGCUCCCGGCCCACUUGGGAUUGCAGGGAUUACUGGACAACGAGGUUUGGCAGGACCACCAGGCAUGCCAGGUCCUAGGGGAAGCCCUGGCCCACAGGGCAUCAAGGGUGAAAGUGGGAAACCAGGAGCUAGUGGUCUAAAUGGAGAACGUGGUCCUCCUGGACCUCAGGGCCUUCCUGGUCUGGCUGGUACAGCUGGUGAACCUGGGAGAGAUGGAAACCCCGGAUCAGAUGGUCUGCCCGGCCGAGAUGGAUCUCCUGGUGGCAAGGGUGAUCGUGGAGAAAACGGCUCUCCUGGUGCUCCUGGUGCUCCUGGUCAUCCAGGCCCACCUGGUCCUGUUGGUCCAGCUGGACAGAGUGGUGACAGAGGAGAAACUGGCCCUGCUGGUCCAUCUGGUGCUCCUGGUCCUGCUGGUUCCCGAGGCCCUCCUGGUCCCCAAGGCCCACGUGGUGACAAAGGUGAAACAGGUGAACGUGGUUCUAAUGGCAUCAAAGGACACAGAGGAUUCCCUGGUAACCCAGGUUCCCCAGGUUCUCCAGGUUCUCCUGGUCACCAGGGUGCUAUUGGCAGUCCAGGACCUGCAGGCCCCAGAGGACCAGUUGGACCCAGUGGACCCCCUGGCAAAGAUGGAACAAGUGGCCAUCCAGGUCCCAUUGGGCCACCAGGACCUCGAGGUAACAGAGGUGAAAGAGGAUCUGAGGGUUCUCCAGGCCACCCAGGACUGCCAGGCCCUCCUGGACCACCUGGUGCCCCAGGUCCUUGCUGUGGUGGUGGAGCAGCUGCCAUUGCUGGGGUUGGAGGUGAAAAAUCUGGUGGUUUUGCCCCAUAUUAUGGAGAUGACCCAAUGGAUUUCAAAAUCAACAGCGAAGAGAUUAUGUCUUCACUCAAAUCUGUUCAUGGACAAGUAGAAAACAUGAUUUGCCCUGAUGGUUCUCGUAAAAACCCUGCUCGGAACUGCAGAGACCUGAAAUUCUGCCAUCCUGAAUUCAAGAGCGGAAUAUACUGGGUUGAUCCUAAUCAAGGUUCCAGGAUGGAUGCUAUCAAUGCAUUUUGUGAUAUGAAUACUGGCGAAACAUGUGUAAAACCCAGUCCUUCAGAUGUUCCACGUAAAAACUGGCGGUCACAUUCCAAUACUAAAAAGACACAUGUUUGGUUUGGAGAGGCAGUAGAUGGUGGUUUUCAGUUUAGCUAUGGCAAUCCUGAGCUUCCUGAAGAUGUCCUCUUUGGCCAGCUGGCUUAUCUUCGACUUCUCUCUAGUCGAGCCUCCCAGAACAUCACCUAUCACUGCAAGAAUAGCAUUGCAUACAUGGAUCACUCCAAUGGGAAUCUAAAGAAAGCCCUGAAGAUGAGAGGGUCAAAUGAAGAUGAACUCAAAGCUGAAGAAAAGGGCAAACUCACAUACACAGUUCUGGAGGAUGGCUGCACUACACACACUGGGAAAUGGAGCAAAACAGUCUUUGAAUAUCGAACGCGCAAGGCCAUGAUACUACCUAUUGUGGAUAUUGCACCCUUUGACUUUGGUGAUGCUGAUCAAGAAUUUGGUUUUGACCUUAGCCCGGUUUGCUUUUUAUAAACCAAACUCUGUCCGAAACCCCAGCAAAAAUUCCGCACUUCAUAUCCUCUCGUUCUAAUCUUGUCAACCAGUACAAGUGACCAACUAAAUUCCAGUUAUUUAUUUCCAAAAAUUUUGGAAAAAAAGUAUAAUUUGACCAGAAAAGGAAACUUUUUUUUUUGCUUUUCCAUCAAAUACAAUUUAAAUGCUUUUUGUUUUAUUUUUUUACCAAUUCUAAUUUCAAAAUGUCUCAAUGGUGCUAUAAUAAAUAAACUUCAACACUCUUACAAUAA